UCGUGCGUGGAGUCCCUCCGUUGCAGGGAGAGCUGUGCUCAUUAAUAUAUUAACAGUGCAUCUGAUUCAAGAUUUCCAAAGGAAGCAGCUCCAAAAACACAGACUCACACACUGACGCGCCAUCGGUAGCUUCGUUCGGGACGGACUUUUCUGGCAUUUGACCAUUUUGCAGCUGAGGGAACACAAAGCCCCUUUUUUCAGGAACAGCGGAUUGGAACCUGAGUCCAGUUUGAGGUUGCUGUGACCCGAAAUCUACCGAAAGACAAGUUCCGAGCUGCAAAGUGGUUUCGUGUUCCCUCAGCUUAACUGGUGCGGUCUGCGAGUUUUCCAGUCGCCGGUGACAUCACAGUCGCCGAUGAUGUCACAGUAACCACGACGCUGCUGUUUUCACAGUGGAAUAGAGGAAUACCCCUGAGUUUGAAACCAUGAGCUCUGUGGCUGUCUUGACUCCGGAGAGCUUUGCCAAGCAUCGCAGCGGCCUGAAGGAUGAGGAGAUGGCAGAUGGUGCCCCAGGGGAUGAAGCUUACAUCCCCACCUACCUGGAGGCUUUCCCUCCCCUGCCGGAGAAGGGGGCCCUGGGGGAGACAUCCGGCGAGUUGGGGGGGGCGUGGAGCAAGAUCCGGCCAAUCAAAUCCUCCGUCAUCACCCAGGUGUUUCACGUCCCCCUGGAGGAGCGCAGGUACAAAGACAACAGCCAGUUUGGAGAAGGAGAGGAGGCCAAGCUCUGCCUGGACAUCAUGCAGAAGACGGGGGCCCACAUCGAGCUGUCCCUGGCCAAGGACCAGGGCCUGUCCAUCAUGGUGACGGGCAAACUGGACUCCGCGAUGAAGGCGCGCAAGGAGAUCGUCGCUCGCCUCCAGACCCAAGCCUCGGCCACUGUGGGCAUCCCCAAGGAGCACCAUCGCUUUGUGAUUGGCAAGAACGGGGAAAAGCUGCAGGAGCUGGAGCUCAAGACAGCCACCAAAAUCAACAUCCCACGCCCUGAGGACCCCAGCACCCAGAUCAAGCUGACCGGCACCAAGGAGGGCAUCGAGAAGGCCAGACACGAGGUCCUGCUCAUCUCAGCAGAGCAGGACAAGCGGGCAGUAGAGCGCAUGAGCCUGGAGAAGGCCUUCCACCCCUUCAUCGCGGGCGCGUACAACAAGCUGGUGCAGGAGCUGUGCCAGGAGACGGGCGCGCGCAUCAACAUCCCGCCACCCAGCGUCUUCAAGGACGAGAUCAUCAUCACCGGGGAGAAGGAGCCCGUGGCACAGGCCCUGGCGCGAAUCCACGCCAUCUACGAAGACAAGAAGCGCAAGACCACCACGAUCUCGGUGGAGGUGAAGAAGUCCCAGCACAAGUACAUCAUCGGGCCGAAGGGCACCACGCUGCAGGAGAUCCUGGACGCCACGGGGGUGUCUGUAGAGAUACCCCCCCUGGACUCGGCCUCCGAGACCAUCAUCCUGCGGGGGGAGCCUGACACUCUGGGGCCCGCGCUCACGCAGGUCUACGCCAAGGCUAAGAGUGUGCUGGUGUCUGAGGUGACAGCCCCAGCCUGGCUGCAUCGCUUUAUCAUCGGGAAGAAAGGGCAGAACAUCGGGCACAUCACCCAGCAACUCCCCAAGGUUCACAUCGAGUUCACUGAUGGAGAGGAGAAGAUCACGCUGGAGGGACCCACAGAGGAGGUGGAGCAAGCCCAGGCAGUGAUACAGGAGAUGAUCAAGGACCUGCUCCUUCGCUUGGAUUACACCGAGGUGUGGAUCGACCAGCGCUUUCACAGGCACCUGAUUGGAAAGAACAGAGCCAGCAUAAACCGGAUGAAGGAGCAGUACAAGGUGUGUGUGCGAGUCCCGCAGGAUGUGGAGAGGAGCAGUCUGGUCCGGAUCGAGGGGGAUCUCCAGGGGGUCCAGCUGGCACGCAGAGAGCUGCUGGAGCUGUCAGCCAGGAUGGUGAACGAGCGCACCAAGGACCUGAUAAUCGAGCAGCGCUUUCACCGCACCAUCAUCGGACAGAAGGGAGAAAAGAUAAAGGAGGUCGGAGACAAGUUCCCUGAGGUCAUGAUAAACUUCCCUGACCCGGGACAGAAGAGCGACAUCGUGCAGCUCCGUGGGCCCAAGAACGAGGUGGAGAAGUGCUUCAAGUACCUGCAGAGAGUCAUCGCUGAGCUGAUUGAGAACAGUUUCUCCAUCUCGGUCCCCAUCUUCAAGCAGUUCCAUAAAAACAUCAUUGGGAAGGGAGGCGCCAACAUCAAGAAGAUCCGUGAGGAAACGAACACCAAGAUCGACCUGCCCACAGAGAACAGCAACUCAGAGGUGAUCAUGAUCACAGGGAAGAAGCCGCACUGUGAGGCAGCGCGGGAUCGAAUCCUGGCCAUACAGAGAGAGCUGGCAAACAUCAAGGAGGCGGAGGUGUCGAUCCCGGCCAGGCUGCACAACUCCCUGAUCGGGGCGAAGGGGCGCCUGGUGCGCGCCGUCAUGGAGGAGUGCGGGGGGGCCCACAUCCACUUCCCCACCGAGGGAUCGGGCAGUGACAAAGUCACCAUCAGGGGUCCUGUGGAGGAAGUGGAGAGAGCCAAGAGACAGCUCCUGCAGCUGGCCGAGGAGAAGCAAAUCAACAACUUCACCGUGGAGCUGCAGGCCAAGCCGGAGUACCACAAGUUCCUGAUCGGGAGAGGCGGGGGAAAUAUCCGCAAAGUGCGCGAUCGCACCGGAGCCAGGAUCAUCUUCCCAGCCAGCGAGGAGAAGGACCUGGAGCUCAUCACCAUCGUGGGCAAGGAGCAGGCUGUGAGGCUGGCUCAGAGAGACCUGGAGGAGCUCAUCAAGAACCUGGACAAUGUGAUCGAAGACUGGAUGGCGGUGGAGCCUCGGCACCACCGACACUUCGUGUCACGGCGUGGGCAGGUUCUGCGGGAGAUCGCCGAGGAGUACGGGGGUGUGACGGUCAGCUUCCCUCGCACCGGCGUCCAGAGCGACCGCGUCACGCUCAAGGGGGCCAAGGACUGCGUGGAGGCGGCCAAGAGAUGCAUACAGGACAUCGUCCAGCACCUGGAGGCCCAGAUGACUCUGGAGUGUGUAAUUCCUCAGAAGUUUCACCGCGCAGUGAUGGGGGCGAAGGGCUCCAAGGUGCAGCAGAUCACCAGAGACCACAACGUGCAGAUCAAGUUCCCCGAGCGAGAGGAGAGUCUGGGAGUGGAGACACACCCCCAGGAGAACGGUGACCUCAGCCCGGAGGCGGAGCUUGCGCCCAAGAAGUGUGACAUCAUCAUCAUCUCGGGGCUCAAGGAGAAGUGCGAGGCUGCACACGCCGCCCUCAUGGCCCUGGUCCCAGUCACUGUGGAUGUGGACGUGCCCUUUGACCUCCACCGUUACAUCAUCGGCCAAAAGGGAGCCGGGAUCCGCAAGAUGAUGGAGGAGUACGAGGUGAAUAUUUCCGUGCCACAGCCCGAGCUGCAGUGUGAUGAGAUUAAAAUCACAGGGCUGGUGGAGAGUGUGGAGAGAGCCAGGCUGGCGCUGCAGGACAGAGUGAAGGAGCUGAUGGUAGAGCAGCAGGAUCGGGCACUGCGGAGCUUCAAGCUGACCAUCUCGGUGGACCCCAAACACCACCCCAAGAUCAUCGGCAGGAAAGGAGCGGUCAUCUCCCAGAUCCGCAAGGACCACGACGUCAACAUCCAGUUCCCAGACAAGGGAGAGGAGCAGCAGGUACCGCACUGUCAGCUAGGGGGUGCCACAAAGCCACCAACACGCCCGAUAGCAAAGUGACGGCCGGCUUCAGAAACUGGUACUCGGCUAACUGUCACCUGAUUGUGAAGCCUGCGGAAACCAGACUCCUGUUGCGGAGCAGUUUUGCCCAUUCCAGGUUUUACUACAAACUUGAUUAGCUUCAGUGUGUAGGUAACAACCUCUGAUGUAUCUUACUAGACUCAUAGCGAAACCAAGAGUGGAUCCCACUGCUGUGCAGCUGCCUGGGGAGUCUUAUUCCCAUCCCUGUGAUAUUAGCAAACAGGUGAUUGAUAAGCAAAGAGGUCCUUAUCGUUCCCCGUC